CCAGAUGCAGUAUUUCCAAAUUGUUGGCUCAAGCUGCUUGGCAUUUAUGCCAAUUUAGAUUCGUCUAGUGCAUAACAUCAGAGACCGUAGUGCACAAGGCAACCUUCUCCGAUUCUUUUCGAUUACUUAGCCACCGUAUGCCCCUUUCUCAGUUGACGGGCCACAUAGGCAUUGCACCACUGGCGCUUGGGCGCAUAUACCUUUUGUCUCUGGAAGUCUCCAUAGAUUUGAAGCGUCCCUUGCCAUAUACGGAUCAGGUGCUUCACAGAACGACACCACGACAACGAAUCGUCACUUAAUCUCCCUUUGUCUGUUACGGAGUGCACUCGUCGUCACGCUUCUCCACACCGCGUUGGCCAACUUCUCUCGCUCGGGGAACCAAUCAAAUCCAAACCCCCGCUCCCUCCGUCAAGCGCCUGACAUCAUCUACCAGAAGACGCUCGUGCGCCACCGGAUUCCGCCGUUGCUCCGCGCCUAGGUCACUUACAGUCCGCCAGUCAAUCAGAUCAGGCAGAAUGUCAUCGGACGGCUCAAAUCCGUCGCAGUACGUGAAGCUGAAGAAGGAGUACAUCACGGACCAACCAGACACGGAGCCGGGCGAGCUCAGCCAACCCGUGGAGGUCCCUCAGCUGGAGGUGCAGCGGUGCAUCGAGUGCGGCCAAGUCCUGCCCCAGUCGUACGAGCCACCUCAGGACGAGCCAUGGACCACUGGCAUAUUCGCGUGCUUCAAGGAUCAACGCAGCUGCAUCCAGGGCGCGCUCUGCCCGUGCGUGCUGUUCGGCAAGAACGUGGAGGCGCUGCGCGACGACAUCCCGUGGUCGGCGGCGUGUGCGUGCCACGUGAUGUGCAUCGAGGGCGGCGUGGCGCUGGGGUCCGUGCUGCUGUGCUGCCCGGCGUACAUUACGGUGGACCCGCAGACGCUGUUCCUGCUCGGGGAGACGCUCUUCUUCGCGUGGUGGAUGUGCGGGAUCUACACGGGGCUGUUUCGACAGGAGCUGCAGAAGAAGUAUCACCUCAAGAAUGCGCCGUGCGAUCCAUGCUGUGUGCACUGCUGCCUGCACCCGUGCGCGCUGUGCCAGGAGCACCGGGAGAUGGUUCUGCGGCUCCCGGCACUUGAUGAGGGGGUCAGCCUCAACCCGCCGCCGCAGCAAGAAAUGGCUGCGGUUGGUGGUGCUGCUGCGGGCACUGGUGCCGCAGCCAACGGGGGGGGCGAGAUUGCCAGGGAGAGCUAACACCGAAUGGGAAGGGAGAAGAGGGGAGGGGGGUUGGGAAACAGAAGCAGAGUUUUGAAGUGCUGGGACCAGGAGCCUGGAUGGUUGAUGGCUGGCGAAUACUUGUUGUGGAGACGUGUACUCAGGAAGUAUCGUGCGAUAAUAAUAAUCACACAAUUCCCUCGUGGCUCAUUGCAUUCGUCUCUUUUGUGCACCUGAAGUUGUUUGUAACCAUGCUGGCAUGAGCCUUUGGAACAGUAGAGAUUGUACUGUAGAACGCUUCACGGGGUGCGUGUAUAAAGAGUGUAUGGGACAACUGACUGACAUGACUAG